CCGGGCUUCUAUAAAUUGAUCAAGCUAGUGCAAGCACUCCCUCACACCAAGCCGAGAAGAAAAAGCCCAGCAUGAAUCGGGUAGCUCCACCGGUGGCCACUGCAUCUGAAGUUGUGCUGCCGGCAAGGACGGCCACUACAAGCCUGCUUGUGCCUACCAUUUUGGAUGAGAGUCUGGGAUCGGUGGUGGGGAAGAUAGCAUGCGGAAGCAGUGAGGAGUGGGAUGACGAUCUUGAGGAUUCUGCUGAUUCGAAAACUGUGAUUGUUCGUGUUCUGGGAGGGGAUGUGCUUGUCAUCACCAAGAUCAUCAAGAGGAACCUGACUCUGGAAUUCGAGAUGGAGGCACUGAGUGCAGCGGCAGAGCCGGCAUGCUCGUCAACUGGAUCGAGCAAUGGCCCAAACUGGUCAGACGAACACAUGGAUGCUGAAGGAGAAGAAUCAAUCCGGGCUCCAAAACGGAUGAAAAAAUAACCAGUAGAAACAAAUGUAACCGAACUACUGCUCGUGUGUGCCUGCAUGUUGCAACCCUAUGAGUUUGCUUGAAUAAAAUGAAAUUCCAUUUUUCAGUU